AUGGCAGAGUCAGCGACGACUAGCCGUCAGUUCAGUCUUCGGCACCUGAAGCACGAGACCAAAGUGAACCACAGUCUGUAUGCCAUGCUUUUGGACCAGAAUCUGGUGGACGUGAUCCUGUCGUCGGACGGCACCAACAUUAGGGCCCAUCGGCUCAUCCUAUCGGCCAACUCAUCCUAUUUCAAGACACUGUUUGAGUCUCUGGAGUCAAAUCGGUGUCAAAUACCAAUCGUUAUCCUCAAAGACGUGCCGCUACUGGACCUGAAGGCGAUCGUCGAGUUCAUGUAUAGGGGAGAGGUAUGCGUGGAGGAGAGGCACCUGACGUCUGUCCUCAAGAGCGCGGAACUGCUCAAAGUGAAUGGUUUGACGGAAGUGUGUCUGGCGUUGGCGUCGCAACUGAACGGCCAGUCCGUGGCUGCCGGUGACGACAGGUCCAGUCCGUCGACGUCGGCGCCGACCGCUCACAAGAGGCCGCGGAUUAGCGACGGACCCAAACAGACACCGCAGAUGUCCAGCGAUUUGUUCGCGAAGCUAAGCAACGCUCGCUUCGAGAUCAGACCCACGCCGUCGACCAGUAGCUCAUCAAACAGUCCAUCCAAUAGAGCCGUUCCCAAGACAUCGGCUCAAAGAUCUCAAGGCUUACCCGUUGUUAAGAAUAUUGUCAUUCCCUCGAAUCAAAUCCACAAUAAGAAGGACUCAUUAGAUAAUCAUGCGAUGAGUUCCACGUCUUUUGCAAAUACGUCUAAAUCUUCUCAAAAAAGUCCAAACAUUGCAGCCAUUAGUUCCCAACAGAAGUCGACGCCAAUGAGUAAAUCGCCGAUCAAUGAGACCAAUAACUCGAGGCGUGCCCUCACCUCGACGUGGACUCCAUCGCAAUCAUCAAUGUCUCGGACUAUGGUCUCAAGUGAUAGGUCUUCGGGCUCUGCAAACAAUUCAUUCGUCGAAGUCUUGUUAGACGACGAGACACAGGAGUAUAGCGACGACGAGAUCGACAUAAAGCCACCGAUUUUUGAACUCAACCAAAGACUCGCCGAACAGAUGGCCAACUCUGACGCCGGCGAUGACACGUCCUCUCCAAGAGGUUGUGAACCAGAAAUCAAAAUCAUAUCAAAACUCAAACCUUCGACAGCGACCCCGAUCACGACGAAGGGCGGGCCCACACAGGCGUCAGUCAAGUCGCGCAGCUCAUCGACCAGUUCCCAGUCAUCACUACCGCCACCGCCCUCUUAUCGCGUCGUUCAGAGAAGCAGUUCCCGGCUAUUGAGGAAUAUAAUCAAACCGACGGCUUGUAUGUCAUCCAUGAGCUCAUCACCAAAAGGCAAGUCCUCGGAGGACAAGAACAAAGCGAUGGCCCGACCAGAGAGACAGUCGUUGCGACAACUCGUUAGGAAUAAGACGCCCAAAACGGAAGUCAUGGAUACGGCGACAGACAACGGCCCUGAGAUUUCGUGUCCAGAGUGUGGACAGGCGUUCACCGACGAGAAGAAGUGGAACGAACACAUAGCCAGCGCUCAUAUGCCGGCGCAGACCUGA